AUGGCGCUUAAUUGUGGUAUUCUAGUUUGGGUUGGGGGGUGGACACAGCAGUUACUGCUGUGGGGGGCUGUAGUGGGCAGGCUCGUCGGGGAAGCUGGACCCAACGCCUCAUGGAAUAUCACCGUGAAGUGGAUGGAUUAUACUUUCUCGUAUCGUCUGGACUGUGAGGUACAAGUUGGGCGCGCAGAUAUAGCCGUAAAUGUUGCGGGAUGCGCCGCUACUCGCGUGCGGCUGUUCGUGGCGCGCGGCGGCAGUGAGCGUUACCUGGUGCCAGGCCGGACGCUGCAGUGUCGGCUUACUCUGUGCUUCCGUGAGUGGACUCUGGGUCGGAGACUGUUCUGUGCGGCCGUCGCAGUGGGCGUGAUGGAUUUGAGUCAGCCGAGAAUACCACAACAUGCCUCCCGCGCCCGCGCAGCCCCCGCUACGCUCCACGUA